AUGUUGAACUACUUCAAUAUUUUGUUAUGUUAUUGUAUAAUAAUUUUCAUUUUUCAAGUUAUAAAUUGUCAAGAUAAUUCUUCUCCUCCUGCAUUUUACUGCCCGAACACAACUUAUACUUCCAAUAGCACUUAUAGCUUCAAUCUCAAAGCCCUUCUAUCAUCUCUAGCCUCGAAUUCUUCGAGGCCUAACGGAUUUUACAACACAACAUCUGGUAACACAGGGUCCGAUAUAGUUUAUGGCAUGUUUUUAUGCAGGGGAGACGUUUCCCUUGACGUUUGUCAAAAUUGUGUGUCAACAGCUAUUAAAGAUGUAACCUCGGAAAGUUAUUGUCCUAAUGGAAAAAUUGCUGUCCUUUGGGUUGACGAAUGCCUUCUACGUUACUCAGAUCAACCUUUAUUUGGUACCGCGACGAGAUAUGGUUUUUUGAAUACACAAAAUGUUAGUGAACCACAAAGGUUCUUAUCAGUUCUUGGAAAUGUGAUCAAUGAAUUAAUAGCAAGUGUGGCUGCAAAUGGAAAUAAUCGAUCGGGGAAAAUAUAUGCUUCGAAAGAAGCAAAUUUUACGUCACUCGAAAGAGUUUAUACAUUUGCACAAUGCAUACCUGAUGUGUCUAGUUCUUCUUGUGAGAAUUGCCUGAGGACUGCUAUCGGAAAUUUACCGAGUGAUGGGAAGAGAGGUGGGAGAGUUUUGCUUCCGAAUUGUAACGUUAGGUAUGAGUUGUACCCUUUUUACAACGUUACUGCAUCAAUGCCACCACCUACGCCUCCUUCUUCAUCGCCUACAAGCAACGAUAGAGGAAAAGGGGGAAUUGCAUCUGGUGUAAUCGUUGCCAUAGCUGUUCCCAUUGCUGUUUCGAUUCUACUCUUCAUAUUAGGUUUCUGUUGGAUAAGAAGUAGAACAUCGCGAGAAUUCAAUGUUGUAGAAGAGAUCACAGAUGAAGAUGAAAUUUCAGCUGCUGAGUCUUUGCAAUAUCACUUGAACACUAUUCGAGUUGCCACGACUAACUUCUCAAUCGACAACAAAAUUGGUGAAGGAGGAUUUGGCGUUGUGUACAAGGGUAAACUUCCCGAUGGACAAGAGAUAGCUGUGAAGAGGCUAUCAAGAAGCUCAGGGCAAGGCAUAGAAGAAUUUAAGAAUGAGAUCAUAUUGAUCGCGAAGCUUCAACAUAGAAAUUUAGUGAGACUAUUGGGAUAUUGCUUGGAAGGAGAUGAAAAGAUACUCGUCUAUGAAUUUGUCCCCAAUAAAAGCCUCGAUUAUUUCUUAUUCGAUCCUGAAAAGCAGCAGCUACUAGAUUGGUCGAGACGUUACAAGAUUAUAGGAGGGAUUGCGCGUGGACUACUUUACCUACACGAGGAUUCUCGUCUAAGAAUUAUACAUCGCGAUCUGAAAGCAAGCAAUAUACUGUUAGAUGCAGAAAUGAACCCGAAAAUAUCAGAUUUUGGAAUGGCAAGAAUAUUUGGAAUUGAUCAAAGUGAAGAAAUAACAAGUAGGAUUGUUGGGACAUAUGGUUACAUGUCACCGGAGUAUGCUAUGCACGGGCAAUACUCUGUUAAAUCAGAUGUUUUCAGCUUCGGUGUUCUGCUUUUGGAGAUCAUAAGUGGAAAAAAGAAUAGCGCGUUUUACCAAUCAGAUGGUGGUGAAGAUCUUCUUAGCUAUGUUUGGAAGAAUUGGAGAGACGGAACACCAUUGAACAUAAUGGAUCCAAUAUUCGCGGAAUCAUACUCAAGAAAUGAAGUGAUACAAUGUAUACACAUUGGCUUGUUGUGUGUUCAAGAAGAUGUUAAUGGAAGACCUACAAUGGACUCUGUGGUGCUCAUGCUUAAUAGUUACUCUAUUACUACGCAAGCGCCUAAACAACCUGCAUUCUUUUUUCGUAGUCAAUCAGAGAUGUUGUCAAAGGGCAUGGAGUCAGAUCAAUCUACAAGCAAGUCAAUGCCAUUGUCCAUCAAUGAAGUUUCCAUUACAGAAAUGGAGCCAAGAUAGAUUGAUACAACUAUGAACAAUUACUUGAGAUGUUGUUUGCG